AUGUUUAGUCCUACUAAGGAAAACCCAAGGGAUUUGUUAAUACAAGUCGCAGAUGAGAAAAAUGAGCGUGUACCUGUCUUCUGUGGUCAUUCUAGUGAAAUCACCAGGUUAGCUGUGAAUGGUGACGGAUCGUUGUUGGCUUCAGGGGAUUCCUCUGGCAAAUACUGUAUAUGGGAAAUCAAUAGCAGGCAGUGUUUGAAGGUGUCCUCAAUGCGUGGUCCAGUCUCAUCUCUAAAGUUUGUGGCGAACUGGCCCAGCAUACAUGCGGCAGAGCAUAUUUCUGCUCAUCCCAAUUUUGAAUUGCAAAGGAAUCUAACCAAAGGCGAGAAAAUCCCCAUGAGAGCAUGUGCUGGAAUUGACGUCAAUAAGGAGUUUUGGCAUGAUGAAGUAGACCACCUGCUGGACGCUGUUCUUCAAAAUACCGCUUCGCCUGCUCGAAGUUCCGACGCCAAGCAGAAGAAGAAGAAAAAGAAGCGAAAAUUGGAUGUCGAAACGAAUGGUAAGGAGGAAGAUGUUAUUGUACUGGAUAACGAUAUGGAUAUCCUAGGAGUCACGGAAUCAUCUUCGUCCUCCAAAACUGACUCUUCUUCGAGCGAUGAUAAAAAAUUAAUAGAAGCGCAACGCCAGGAAAUCCAACGGUUGAAGAAAAUCAAUGCGGAACUCUACAACUUUAUGGCAUCAGAGUUGACAAAAAAGUAA